CCUAAACCGCAUAAGGUAACUAUAUUACAAUCGAAAUGCUAUCAUUUACAUUCUUUUUUUAUUUUCUUGUAGCCUGGUACACCAUUAAGACCUAUUGUUGCAUGUAUACAUGCGCCAGUUACAUUGGUCUCGAAGUUUUUGAAUGAUCUUUUGGCACCCAUCUAUUUGCAAAUUGCUCGUGAAACAACAUUUAUUAAUGGAAUCGAUGUCAUUCGAAAAUUAGAAAAGUAUGUCAAAGAUGGUCAUCUUCAAUCGACAACAAAAUUUAUUACCGUUGAUGUUAAUGAUCUAUAUACUAUGAUACCUAGAGAAGGAGCAUUACAAGUAUUAGCUCGAUUUUGUAUUAAACAUUCUCAACAAAAUAGAAUCGGCACAUUCACUAUCGAUCAUAUUAUGAAGAUGGCUCGUUUAAUAUUGGAUAACAAUUGUUUUGCUUACAAUAAUAAAUAUUAUAAACAAACUCGUGGUGGAGCUAUGGGCUCAGCAUUUACACAAGUGUUAGCAAAUAUCUAUAUGUAUGAAUGGGAACAAGAUUUACUCAAACAUCAAGCAUUAAAUAAAGAAAUCUAUGGAAGAUACAUUGAUGACAUAUUCAUGACAACCAAUCAACACUCAAAUGAAAUUAAAAUAGAACUCGAAAAAGCUAACAAGAAAGAUAUUAAUAUAAAAAUUAACUAUGAAAUCGAUACAUCAGUUCAUUUCUUAGAUAUUACUGUUGCAAAUGAAAGUAAUCGAUUGAGAACAUCUAUCUAUCACAAACCAGCGGCUGAACCAUAUAUAUUGCCAUAUACAUCAGAUCAUCCACGACAUAUUCCUCGUAACAUACCAUACACUGCUUUAUUACGUGCCACCCGGAUUUGUUCCAAUGUACAUGACUUCAAUUCAGAGUGUAUUCAUAUUGAUCUGUCACUAUUAUUAAAUAAUUAUCCACCAAAGCUUAUUUCAAAAACAUUCUUUCGAUUCUUCCACUUAAAUGAUGCUAUACCUGUAUUAAAAGAUUUAAAUGAAGAAAUUUAUGAUCGCUUACAUAAAAGAUUGUUACAUCAACCAACACGACGUGAAAAGCAACUGAACAUGAUGUUACAAGAUCCAAUUGAAUCACCAACAGUAUUGCAACCUAGAAUAUGGGAUAACAAUGUCAUGUACCCACGUUACCGAUACGACAGUUCAAUACCAAUCGAUUUUCCCAAAAUAUUUUAUCAAUGGUGGCGAACAUACUUUGCAAACAAUGUAUCAAUAAUGAAAAAUGUUAAAGUUCGACUGAUAUUCGUUCAUAUAUUAAUGUCGGCCACUCCACCAUCGAAUAAUCACAGUGAACAAAUAUCGACACCAAUAACACAUAGCAAUCAAGUUCGAAUUAUGUCACAAAGUUCGUCUACAUCUUCAAACGUCUCAACACCUAUUUCAAUUUUGCCUGGACAAAUAUUAACUCAAAGUGAUCAUGAAGAUAAUCUUAUUGAAGGCAUGGAUGAAUUAGUUCGCAAUUUCUUAAGUCGAAUCAAUCAGUCUUCACCAUAUCAUACAAUUUUCAGAUGGACAACUGAUGAUCAACAUUCACUUCAUUAUAAUGUUGUAAUAGUUAUUAAUGAACCAUCUCAUAUUAUUUAA